AUGUUUCCUCGGGCGCAAUUUCAGCAAGCACUAGAUAUCCAAAAAAUCUAUAACAAGCUUUAUUGUGCAGUUGCAGAAGACGAUGAGUUCAUCUACAAUACUAUCAGAGAUCUCCUUCCGAUCGAGCCUCUUGCAGCUGCGCUUUGGGGAAUCUACGAGGCUGCAAAGAAAGCCGGAUCGGUCCAGGACACAUCUGUAGGCAUUUUUCGCUCAGACUAUAUGCUUCAUAUUGACUCAAACGACUUCAACUCAAAUAAUUUCAAUGAUCUCCCUGGCUCUAUCUCCAAUACAACUCUCAAACAGGUCGAGCUCAAUUCCUUUUCCUGUGCUGGGGCUACUCACGCCAACAAGGUAGUGGAUAUGCAUCGGUACUUGACUAGAUGUGGAGCUUAUAACGUCGGAGACAUCACGUUUGAUAUAGGAUCACUACCUGUCAAUAAUAAUGUCGAGUCUCUUGUUUCAUGUCUUGCUUUGGCGCAUAAUACUUAUGGACCACCAAGAUCUGAUCGUGCAUUGAAGACAGCGGUGCUGUUCAUUGUGCAGCCAACCAAUUUUAACAUCGCUGACGAGAGACCAAUUGAAUAUGGGUUAUGGAACAGGGACAGCCCUGUGCCAACCUACCGGUUAGAAUUUGGCCCAGAAGUUCUUCAGUAUACAUCGUUGACCGAAACCCGCGAGUUGCUUUUUCAGCCGCCAUGGCUAGAAUCAACUCAUCCGGUUGAAAUAUCGGUUGUGUAUCUGCGUGCCGGCUAUGAGACACGUGAGUACGACCAAACAGGCUGGGAGGCUCGUCUACAGUUGGAAAAGUCCACUGCCAUCAAGUGUCCCUCUAUUCUUGGUCAUAUCACAACUUUCAAGAAGAUUCAACAAGCGUUGACAAAACCUGGGGUCCUCGAGCGCUUCCUAGAGGAAUCAGAAGUUGAGGUCAUUCGCAAAACCUUUGUACCCGUCCACCCUCUGGAUGAAUCCGAAGAAGGUCUUCACGCACGAGAUCUUGCUGGUAGUCCGCAAACGGCGAAGAAUUAUGUUCUGAAGCCCUCCCUGGAAGGAGGGAGUCACAAUAUUUAUGGAGAGGAUAUCCCGGGGUUUUUAGCAUCCAUACCCGAGUCUCAGUGGUCAUCAUAUAUCUUGAUGGAAAAGAUCAAACCCCCAGUCUCAUCAAAUCUUCUGAUGAGUCCGGUCGGAAUUGAUGAUGGAGAAGUUGUAUCCGAGCUUGGAGUCUUGGGGACCUGCUUGUGGAAAAGGACGCACAGAGGCCGUUGUGUUAUGCUUCACAACUCAGUUGGUGGAUGGACAUUCAAAACGAAACAUGCCGAGGUCAAUGAAAUGAGCGUGGUGAAAGGAUAUGGAUGCUUUGACACGCCAUAUUUGGUAGAUAGUUGA